AUGAAUGAUUUUUCAUUAAAGUGCUUCAGGUGUCACCGAGACCACAUUAUUUUCGUGAUGGAUCCAAUCCAUUUACAGAAGACAGAUUUUAAACAGAGAUUCAGGUUGUCUAGAAACAUUUUUAUUGGUUUACUGAAUAUGGUUCAAGAUAGUUUAUGCCAAACUACACACCACAAUAUGUCAUUGUCAUCAAUAUUGCAGCUUUUGAUUGAACUUAGAUAUUAUACAACUGGUGCUUUUCAGUCAGUUCUGGGAUACCAUAUACAAAUCCAUAAAUCACGUCACAUGUACCGUAUCAUAAAAAGACUAUCAACAGGUAUAGCAUCACUAAAACCAAACUAUAUUCAAAUGGAAAAAACAGGAACUGACAGAAAUUUUAUCCAUGAAGAUUUUUAUAUAACGUUCCAAUUUUUAAAAGGCUAUUUUUCAAUCAAUGUUCAAGCUAUAUGCAACAGUAAUUUGCUGCUUACAAAUAUUGUGGCUCGAUGGCCUGGUUCAGUUCAUGACUCAACAAUAUUUGAUAACUCUUUAUUAUAA